AUGAUGCAGGCAGCACGUUUCCGGCCUGAGUAACCGUCGCGUAUUUGAGGAGGCACUUCAACUGGCAGUUACCAGCGCACUAGAAGCCUCCUAAUCCGCCACCUCUGCCACCAGCGCCACAAUGGGAGCUGUCCUGGGCGUUUGCUCCCUGGCCAGCUGGGUUCCGUGCCUUUGUGGUGGUGCCUCAUGUUUGCUCUGCAGUUGCUGUCCCAACAGUAAGAAUUCCACGGUGACACGCCUCAUCUACGCUUUUAUCCUCUUCCUGGGCGCCCUUGUAUCCUGUAUUAUGCUGAUGGAACCAAUAGAAGAACAGCUGAAGAAGAUUCCUGGAUUCUGUGAAGGGGAAUUUACUUUCAAGGUGGCUGGUCUAAAGGCAAAUAAAGAUUGUGAUGUGCAGGUCGGUUUUAAAGCUGUGUAUCGAAUCAGCUUCGCCCUGGCCAUCUUUUUCUUUGCCUUUUCUCUGCUCAUGAUAAAAGUCAAAUCGAGUAAAGAUCCCAGAGCGGCAAUACACAAUGGGUUUUGGUUCUUCAAAAUUGCUGCCAUUGUUGGCAUCAUGGUUGGCUCUUUCUACAUCCCUGGGGGCCACUUCACCAUAGCCUGGUUUGUUAUUGGCAUGAUUGGGGCCUUCUUAUUCAUCCUUAUCCAGCUGGUGCUAUUGGUCGACUUGGCUCACUCUAUAAACGAAUCAUUGGUAAAUCGAAUGGAAGAAGGAAACUCAAGGCGCUGGUAUGCUGUUUUACUGUCUGUCACAAGCACCCUGUACAUCUUGUCACUCGUCACCGUCGGCUGGCUCUAUGCACACUACACCAAGCCAGACGGCUGCACAGAAAACAAGUUCUUCAUCAGCAUCAAUCUGAUCCUUUGCAUUAUUGUUUCUAUUGUAUCGAUCCUUCCAAAAAUUCAGGAACACCAGCCUCGUUCCGGCCUCCUGCAGUCCUCUGUCAUCACCGCCUACACCAUGUACCUCACAUGGUCAGCCAUGACCAACGAGCCUGAUCGUUCCUGCAACCCGGACCUGCUGAGCAUCAUCACACACGUGACCUCACCAACCUUGGCUCCUGGAAAUGCCACUGCCGUGGUCCCUACCUCUGCUCCACUGUCACAGAGUGGGCAUUUUCUGGAUAAACACACUGUCUGGGGGCUGGUCAUCUCUGUUAUGUGCCUUUUGUAUUCUAGCGUACGCACGUCCAGCAAUAGCCAAGUAAGCAAGCUGACCCUGUCAGGGAGUGAAAGUGUGAUCCUUCGUGACACAGCUACCAAUGGUGCCAGUGACGAAGAAGAGGGACAGCCUCGGCGGGUUGUGGACAACGAGAAAGAGGGAGUUCAGUACUACUACUCCGUCUUCCACUUUAUGCUGUUCCUGGCUUCUUUGUACAUCAUGAUGACCGUGACCAGCUGGUACAGCCCUGACACCGAGUUCCAGAAUGUGACCAGCAAGUGGCCAGCUGUGUGGGUCAAGAUCAGCUCCAGCUGGGUCUGCCUCCUCCUCUACGUUUGGACCCUCGUGGCUCCACUCAUCAUCACCAGUCGAGAUUUCAGCUGAGCCCCGAGGGCCACAGACACCGCUGAAGUUCAUAGGCUGCCUUUGCUGGAAGCCCCGCUACUUCUGCUUCAACUAAAAUAGUCAGUGAACGCUUGGCGGAUUUGACUGUAUGAAGGUUCAUAGCUGAGGGCGAGACUGAACUAUGAUGGGUGCAGGAUCUGAACUUUACAUGUAUAUUGUGCUCAUUUUUAAGGAUAUGGUGCAAAGGGAACAUUUUUGCAUUGUAAAGUAAAACUACAGCUGUGCUGUUGAGAGAGUUCUUUAUUAAGACCUUAGGUUCCUACAACUUUGAUGUAAAAUAUAAGAUAGAGAAAUAUCAGAUAUUGGAGCCCAUCGUUAAUAUAUUUCUAUCGCAAUAUCCUUAAAGAGCAGGAGAAAGGUAAUAAUGUGUCUGUGUGGCAGGUUUCCUCUGUGGACGUCUUCACGGGUGUGGCGCGAGCGCUCCGUUCUGUCCUGCAAUGCUCAGCAGGUGUGACAUCCCAGUGCUUGGGCGCCGUGCUGUGCGCGCGUCCUUCCCGAGCGGGCUUGCUGAUAGGGCCACUGCUUCUGCAGCUUGAGUUUUUCAUUUUUUUUAAUACUAUGGCAUUGAUGCUGCUUGAUUUUAGUCUGGCUUUGCCAGAACAUUAAUUUCAAAAAAUACUUUAUAGGUUUUGUUAAAAUGAAGAUUCACUCGGGAAAACACUGCACCUUUAGUAUAUGUAAUUAAUUAUGUUAUGAAUAUGUAAAAGUAAAAUGCAUGUGAGUUAUAUUUGCACUAUAAGGUAUUUGAUUAAAAUAGACUUACGCUUUUAAGGCCCUUUCUUUAACAGCUUUUACGGAUUCGCAGCCAUUCUAUAUUUUUAAGAGUUAUGUGAGCAGGCAGAUUUAUCAGACAUCUAACAGAAUGCACCUAUUCCUUCUAAAACUUAAGGGCUAGUGAGUAAAGUCUUAAACUCAUUGAAAAAAAUUGUCCUAAUAAAUACCAUUGGGUGAGACGCUUGGGUGGGUGAGAGGCAGGGGCAGGAACGUCAGGAAUCCUCCAGAAGAGGUUUUGUGCAAGGAGACAGAAGUUUGUUCUUUCGACCAAGAUUUGCUCUCUGUUCUUUGCCGGCCCUCAGGUGCUGGGAUACAACACCUUCCCUGCCACCUUGGACUUAGUGUCCUGGAGGGUGGAAGCGAGCUGGCGAGUAGUGUGGUAUGGUAUCACUGGUGCUGUGAUUCUGGAACUGCAGAGAACUCAAAGAAGAGGUGCCCGGUGCAGGGGCGCCACCGUAGGCUUCCUGGGAAAAGUGAUGUCAGCCCAGGCCUGUUAGGGGCUGCCAAGGAAGAAAUGGGAAGGGAGUGGCUUUGCUGAAGAGGGGACAGAACUGCCUGUUAAAGGCAGGGAGACUUAAAAAAAACUUAGGAAGCUGCGAUAGGGAGAAAUGGGCAGGGACCAGGUUAUAAAAGGCUUUGUAAACCUCACAAAAGAGUUGGACCUUAGGCUGAAGGCCGAGGGGAGCUGUGUCUUCAAUCACCGUAUGUUGGAGGAUGGGUUUAAAGAGAGAAAACCAGGGUAGCCCAUGUAAGAUUUGAAAAGGAGAUGUAAGUGUGGAUGCGGAGAAACUGGUAGCUCAGAGCUACUUAGUCAUUAAAAUUUAAAAAUUCGCAGUGUUUAGAUGUGGGGGAGGUCGAUUCCUGGGUGAUUCUGGUUUAAGGACCUGCAUCAGUGGUGGUUCCAUCUCUGUGGUGAGGGGCAGGAAGAGGGACACGAUGUGCCAGGAGGAUGAGGGUGUGGUGCCUGGGGGUGGCCAGGAGCAUAAUGCCUGGAGGUCUGGCUGGUCUGCAUCAGUCUUGCCAUUUUCUGCCUGUCAAACAGCUCACAUUGAUUGAAUCUAUACUAAGCUUUAUGAUGCUGGACAAAUGACUACCUGUCUGAGCCCCAUUGUUUUCCCUGUUUGAACAAAAGGUAGUACCUACUACCUUAGAGAGCAAUGCUACUUUGCAGAGUGCUCAACCCAUUUUAAGCACUCGGGUAGUAGCUGGUAAUCUCAGUAAGGGCUAAACAAUCUUAGUAAGAGACUAGACAAUAUUCAAAGGUCAGAGAUUUUCAGCCAAAACCUAGCGCAGGCUAGAUUCGAGUGUUCUUACAGAAUUAAACACAGGGCACAUGGAGGACACAGGCUCAGCUGGGGUGGACGUGGGCAGGGCUUGACAGGGAUGGUUGGAACCACUGUCUUCUAAACCAGUGGUUUACACUGGACAUAGGACCAAGGUUGUAAGGGACUUGGGGGGGCAGGUAGGGGAGGUUCAGCCCUUUUCCAGUGUGAAGCAGACACCCCUCUUCCUGACAGAGGCCAGCCGGAUUGAACCCAUUCAAGGUCGUCCUAAGCUCUAAAAACAUGAUGUAUCAACUCCCCCCACCUUAUGUAAUUUAAAAUAAAAGCAAUACUAAACUGUAAAAUAACUGUAAUAAAGUCCAAUAAAGUUUUUUAAUUUUUUCUUGAUAAU